ACCGCUAGCAUAAUCGGAUAGAUGUUACCGGAAAGUGCCAUUGAUCCAUUUACGGUGACGAAUACUUCAACCCACUAAUCCGUAACCGUUGCCGUUUUCUUCCGUAAAAAGCCGUGCAUGGUUCCCCUGAAAAGGACGUUUAACGUCCCCCCCCCACACUUGCCGUCAGAGGACCUACUGCAUCCCUUAAACGGGCCACUGCAUGUCUUGACUGCCGGUGGUUUCACCCACCCCGGCACGGCUCCCUAUGUACUCUCCACUAGUCCGUUCUUGUCUCAGCCUCUCUCGAAUAUUGACAGGGGCUUAUCCGUACCGGUAGUCUCUUCCCCAAUUGUACGAUCUUGGGCCAUCGGGGAACAUCAUGCUGCCGACUCUUUUUAUGCCUUUAGAAACGCUGCUCCACAGCCAAACGAGAGAACCUCGGAUUUCUUUGCACCCCCGCUUGAUAAAAGCGAACCGAUCAUAUGGGGGGCUUCGGAUCGCCUCAGGGAAGAGUUGCUGGAGACCGUCAGCACAUAUUUCUUAUUCUCCUGUCACUUGUCACAUCACAAUACCUUCAGCUACUAUGAAUGCUGCAAGAACGUUAAUCACCCCACACAUAAUUUAAUCUAGAAUACUGGGACAUGCC